AUGCGACUUUCCCUUGAGCCCUUAACGAUCGUUCUGGCCUGCCUAGCCACUGGCUACGCCUCCCAGAUUCCGCCUGAUACGCCUCUUUCCGAGCUGAUCUCCUCGGCCAAGGCCCACCUCGCAAAGGGCUCGCCACGCGACGCUCUGGCCUCGGAGGACUUCAAUCGCGUUUUAGAACUAAAGCCUGGCUUCGAGGGCGCGCUUCUUCAGCGAUCCCGCCUCCACGCCCGGUCUGCGCAUUGGAAGGCUGCACUUGAAGAUCUUGAGCAUGCGGGGAAAAAGGCCUCGCCUGAAUAUAAGGAGGUGGAAGACGCGCGAGACGCAGCUGGCCUAGCUGUAGCCGCCGAAAAGAAAGGCGAUUGGGAAACAUGUGUCACACAGGCAGGAGUGGCCAUCAUGAAGGCGAAUACCGACUUGUCCCUUCGGAACACGCGAUCGCAUUGUCGAUUUAUGAGGGGGAGAUCGAGGAGGGCCGAUCGUGGCUUGGCUCAAAUCCGGAAAUGUCUACACACCGAUCCAGAUUCAAAACCCUGCGACGCUCUCUACCGACGAGAGAGGAAACUAUCCAAGCUUUUGGCAAAGAUGCACAGCGCAUUUGAAUCGCAAAAGUUUAGCAAUGCGGUCAAGCUACUGGUCGGUAGCGGCGAGGACACGGGCUUGAUCGAGGAUAUCAAAGCCGACACUAAAGAGGCAAGGGAUGCCGGUCACAUUCAUCCUGCAGCUCCGAGCAAUCUAUAUGCCUCUCUGGUCGAGAAGACGUGUGAAGCUUACCGAAAGAUGAAUAUGGUGAAGAAAGCAGGACCGUACUGCUCCGAGGCGCUGCAGUUGAUUCCGUCGUCCCUGCAUGGCCUUCUUUACGAGGCUCAGACUGAAUUAAACGAAGACCGGUUCGAGGACGCCAUUCGCACCCUCAGUACCGCGAAAGAACACCACGGUCACUCCGAAGAGGUCCAAAAGCUUCUUCAAAAGGCCCAGGCUCUUUUGAAACGCUCCAAACAGAAGGACUAUUACAAGGUCCUGGGCGAAUCUCGAAGGAGGCAGCAGAGAAAAGAUGGCGUCAUCAACGAAGCCUACGAGGUCCUGUCGGACCCAGAACUGCGUACUCGGUACGAUAGUGGCGACGAUCCCAAUGACCCCGAAUCACAGCGGGGAAACCCCUUCCAGCAGGGAAGCCCGUUUGGCCACGGCGGUAACCAACAAUUCUUCUUCCAGCAGGGCGGCGGCUCUCAUUUCAAGUUUUCCGGUCAGGGGUUCCCUGGUGGCUUUCCAUUCAGGUAA